UAUAAAAUAAGAUAUCCCCAAUGGCAAGCCCCAGUAUCGGUAAGAAAAUGCAAGGAUUCGACUACAAAAUUGACAUGAUCGCUAAUCAGAUGGAGCACGAUAACUUCUCAAAAGGUAUCCAGGACGGCCAAGAAGAAACCGAUGCGUACUAUGAUAUGCAGGAAUAUGAGUACGUUAAAUUCAGAAGAAGCCUAUCUCAGCAUGAAGAAGAGCAUAAGUUGCACAGGAAUGAGAUGGAAGAUUUGUAUGAUUUGAAUGUUGAGGAUCUUCACAAUGUGCUGAUAAAAGAUCCUCCCAAGUUUAUCAUCAAGGAUUAUGAAGAUUUUUAUGCUAAGGCAAGGACUAUUUGUGAGAAUGGGUUCAACCUCACUGAGAAGGAGUGCAUACUUUAUUUCAUGAAGUUCUUGAUCGAAUUUCAGCAUAGCCAAAAUCGUUCAAUUUUCAUCAAAAGGCUACUACAAGUCACGCUUGAGAGACUUAGUGACGAUGACAUGAAGAGAACCAUAAAGAUCCUCAAGAAACUCUAUGUGAAUGAAUUAUUUACCAAACAACAGCUUAGAAGAGGAUUAGAUAGAUUGUACAUGGAUGCUGAAAAUUUGAGAGGAGACUUACCUCAGUUUGCAUAUACCAUUUCACAACUUAUCCUAAGCUUCGUAGAGGAUGAUAUCCUUCCAAGACAAGUGAUUCUCAGAAUUCCUGGUGACUUAAGAGAAGAAAUGAUCCAAGAUAAAGAUUUUAGUGAUUUCUUCAAAGAUGAACUUGAGGUUUUCGAAAAAGAGAUUGAGAUAAAGCAAAGCUUCGAAGAAGUGGCUGCUUCUUCAGAAAAAGAUGAUGCCAUCACCAGAUUCACUAAUCUUGGACACCCAGAUAUAGUGAAACCUUGGUUUAUUGGUGAGGUUAUCCUAUCUUCAUGUGGGAAGACUCACAAUGAGAGAGAAACCGCUUCUCAACUGCUGAAGCAGCUUUCUGAAGCUAAAGAGAUCAAUUAUCCAAUGAUUUCAUACUGAUUUGAUGAACUUCUCCAGAACCAUGAAGAUUAUACUCUAGAUAUCCCUUACUUUGCUGAUUACCUCUCAAUGUUCAUCGCGAGAUCGAUUUAUGAUGGAAACCUAAACUCAAUGUAUAUCCUUCAUGCUGAACUGUUUGAUCAGCAGGAUGAGACCCAGCUCCAGAUUUUGAAAUCAGCCAUAUCUUACUUAACAUUGUUCCCACUGGAAAUCCAUGUAGGUAAAAUUUGGGGAAGUGCUAUCUCAAAUGCAGAGCUUUGCCAGAGAUUUGAUGAUAUUAUCGAAGGGAUAUACUCAGGAACUCCUGACUCAGAUCUCCAUCUAGCAAUCCAAGACUGUGAUUGCCCAUUUUAUCAUCAUGAAUUUGUAAAGAGACUAGUUCUCUUUCAAAUUAGCCAAGAAGGUGAAGCUGCACAAGACUAUAGAAAAGUGAAGAAGUUCUUAGAAAAGUCUAUCAACAUAGGAAUCCUCUCUAAGUCCCAACUAGAGGUAGGAAUCAAGAACGCUCAUCUAAGAGUGGUCAGGAUGUCCGAAUCAGACGCGAACAUCACAAAGAAUUUUGAGAACAUCGUCUCAGAAUGUUUGAAUAAACUUGAACUAGCUCAUGACUAAUUUCAAUUUAAAUUUUUUACC